AUGUCGUCCACAAAGAAGAUUGGAGGAGAAUACGGCGACGUGCGCGCCAACAUUGACGGGGAUAAGCUCAAUGCAUACCUGAAGGCGCACGUCGCCGCUAUCACGGUGCCCGUGGACAUCAAGCAGUUCAAGGAGGCUUAUAUGGGGGUGUAUGCGCAGUUCGGGCAGUCUAAUCCCACAUACUUCCUCACGGAUGCGAGCAAGAAACGGUUUGUGCUCCGCAAGAAGCCCGCAGGGCAGCUGCUCUCCAAGACCGCGCACCAGGUCGAGCGCGAGUACACCAUGCUCCGCGCGCUGCACAAGCACAACACGAACCCAUCUACGCCCGUGGAUAAGAGGGUGCCCAUACCGGAGCCCAUCGUUCUUUGCGAAGACGUGAACGUUAUCGGCACGCCGUUCUAUAUUAUGGAGUUCCUGGACGGACGGAUAUUCACGGACCCGCGCAUGCCGGAGGUCUCUCCUGAGACGCGGCGAGAAUGCUGGCUCUCGGCAGCUCGCGUCCUCGGCCUGCUCGCGCUGCUCGACCCCGCCGCUCUCGGGCUAUCCAAUUUCGCGUCCAACUCGCCCUACUUCCCGCGGCAGAUCAAGUCCCUCACCGCUGUCUCUCAAGCUCAGGCGCAGGCGGUCGAUGUCGAGACGGGUAGACCGACUGGUGAGAUCCCGCGAUUUGCGGAGAUGAUUGAGUGGUACAAAGCGAACCUCCCCGACGAGCGCAAGACAGGCCUGAGGGUCGUCCACGGGGACUAUAAACUCGACAAUCUGGUCUUCCACCCGACGGAAAACCGAGUGAUUGGCAUCCUGGAUUGGGAGCUGUGUACAUUAGGGAGUCCGCUCGCGGAUCUGGCGAACUUCACCCAGCCGUGGGCGAUCGCACCUGAUAGCUUCCCCAGCGGGGGCAGCGUUACGGCGACGUUCAAGAACAACGCCAAGGACGCGCCUAUCGAGCUUGAGGAGCUCGAGCGGGAGUAUUGCCGUGUUACGAACCAGCCGUACCCGAUACCGGAGAUGGUGUUUGCGCGCAGUUGGAUGCUGUUCCGGAGCGCGAUUAUCAUGCAGGGUAUUGCGGCGCGAUAUGCGCGGCGACAGGCGAGCUCGGAGAGGGCGUAUACGUAUGUGCUCGGGUUCCCGUAUAUGGGGCAUCUCGCGUACAAGACGCUGGAGGACGCUGGAGUCACCGGAGCGAAGUCGAAGUUGUAG